AUGCUUUUGAAACAUAAACUUUAUCGUUUGUUUCCCACCUUAACAGCUGCAGAAAUAGCUAUUCAACCUACUCUGGAAGAGGCCUCUGACAACUGCACUCAAGAAUGUCUCAUCUUGGGCCACUCUGAUGCCUGCUGGAUGCCAGCUUCUCUGACUCAUUCCAGCCCUUCACAGGCACAGGCCUCCACUCUAUGCCACAGCCCUCCCCUGACGCAGACAACUCUUCGCCGACGCAACCCUCUGGUGACACAGGCAGUUGCUCUCUGCCACAGCCCUCCAAUGACCCAGGCUAUAGCACUAUGCCACAGCCCUCCACCAGCACAGACCUCUGCUCUCCACCACAGCCCACCUCUAGCACAGGCUCUUCGCCACAGCCCUCCACCAGCACAGGCCUCAGCCCUUUACUACAGCCCUCCCCUGGCACAGGCUGCUACAAUCCACUGCAGUCCUCCUCUGCCACAGCCUGCUGCCCUUCAUCGCAGCCCUGCACAACCACCAGUGGGUCUGCAGCAGGGUUGGGGGCAAGGUGCUGGCCCUGAAGGACUACUUUCUCUUGACCAAGGAGCACAAGGUAGUACAAGAUCUCAGUUUUAUGCCAUGUCUGAAAGACUUCAUCCUAGUGAUGAUUCGAUUAAAGUCAUUCCCUUGACAACCUUCACCACAGGCCAACAGGCUAGACCCUCUAGGGAUGAUUCUCCAAUUAUGGAAGAACAUCCAUAA